UUUAUGACCUUAUUAAAAAAAAAAUAACGUUAAAAAUUAGUCUUCCUUUUAUUUUAUUUAUAGUACUGACAAUUAGAUUAUUAAUGAGAAUUGGUAGGGACAGCUCUCUUAUUUAUGAGAAUCCUAACUAUAAAAAAAACCCUACAUUAUUAUCUAUAUACAAUCUCUCAAGCUCAAGGAAUAUUAUUAUCAUAAGGCUUCAAGGUAUUCUCUGUUUAACAAGAAAAAAAGGUUAUCUCAACAAUAUGGAGGUGACCAUAUUUUCUCGAGAAACAAUCAGACCAUCAAGUUCAUUGAUUCGCCACUUGGAACCCAAAAAGCUGUGUCUCUUCGAUCAGCUAACUCCAUCAACUUACCCUGAAGUAGUCAUUUUUUACUCUAUGAAUGAUCCAAACUUGGAUCUUAACAAAACCCUAAUCCAGUUGAAGAAAUCUUUGUCAGAAACCCUAACUUUGUUUUAUCCCUUCUCCGGGAAAACCAAGAACAAUCUGUACAUCGAAGACUACGACACUGGUGUUCCUUACUGGGAAGCCAAAGUUAACUGUCGUAUGUCUGACUAUCUUCAGCUUCGAGAAACUGAGUCACUCAACAACUUUGUUGCUAUUCAUCCCUUUACCAAAGAAAAAGAUACCUCAGCUCCUCAGCUUGCAAUUCAGGUUAACGUGUUCAGUUGCGGCGGAAUAGCCCUGGGAGUUAGCGUAAGCCACAAACAAUCCGACGGAGAAACUUUGAGUUAUUUCCUCAAGUCAUGGGCUGCUCUCUUCACCGGCUCACCUCACAAAGUAGUUGUCCCACAACUAUCCAAAGCGGCGUCGUUUUUCCUGCCACAGACAGAAUUACCACCCAACUGUGUAGCUCUCAUGGACCAGUUAUGGUUCAAGAAGAGCAACUACGUCACCAAGAGAUUUUACUUCAACAACAAAGCCAUAUCCACGUUGAAAUCCUUAGGUAAAAGCGAAACAGUCCCAUCUCCUACUCGAAACGACGUCGUCAGCUGCUUCAUAUGGAAACACGCCACCGAGGCUUCUUGGGCCAUAUCAGGCAAGCCCAGAAUAUCCGUAGCGGCCCAUGCCGUCAACAUGAGGCCCAGGAUGACAAAUCCUCGCUCGCUGGAAAAUUGCACGGGGAACCUCUUUUGGUGGGCCUCCAUAAUAGUGAACCCGGCCCAAAAGGCUGAGCUUGAGCUGAGUCAACUGGUGGCGUUGACUAAUGAAAUUGUGUCCGAAUUUAACGGCGAUUACUUGGAGAACAUGGUUGGAGAAGCCGGGUUCGAGCCCAUUUCGGAUUUCGUGACGCAGCUGGAGUCGAUGAUGGAUAUGGAUUCUGAAAAGCCAGACAUAUUCGCCUUUACUAACUGGAAAAACACCUUCAACGAGGUGGAUUUCGGGUGGGGCAACCCGGUUUGGGUCGGGGCCCAUGGAAAAGUCGGGCCGGAGUUUAGAAAUAUGGUUGUUUUGAUCGACUCACAAGGGAGUAAUGAUAAGGAGGUUGAAGCUUUUGUGACGUUGGAAGAUCGGCAAAUGGCAAUACUUGAGAGUGAUUCACAGUUUUUGGCGUUUGCAGGGAAUGGUAAUAAUAUCAAAGCAAGCCUGUAGCUUUGUCAGAGACUCAGAGCUAGGGAAACCAACCAUGAUCCUCUUCCACUGAAUUAUUAGUUGGAUCAAAUUAAUAAGGAUACUAUAUUUCUAAUACUAUGCGUGAUUUGUUUGGUAAGAAAUUAUUACUAUGUUGUCAGAGCGGCUUUAAUUAUUUUGUUUAUCAUGAAACUUGGACAUUGACCACUCUUGUAAUCUCUAUAUCUUCGUCCUUUAUAGUUUCAGUUUGAGCUGUCAACCUUUCACAGGUGUGUACCAUGAUACGAAAUAAAUAAAUAGAGAUUAUUUGGGUAACGCUCAA